GCCCGCCGAGCGGCUCUGCCCCGCCAUGGAGCAGGGGCCGGCGGGGGGGCCCGCUGCCGCCGUGGCCGCCGCGGGCGUGCUGGUGCCUCUGAGUGAAAGCGAGCAGCAGCGCUACUCGGAGCUCUUCUCGCGGUGCUGCCCGCGCCCCGAGGCGGCCGCCGGGGGCAGCAGCGUGGGGGAACUGUUCCGGGCCUCGCAGCUGCCCCCGGACACGCUGCACCAGCAUUUUCUUGUGGUCCACCUGGGAGAACUGCUACAACCAUCACAUUGAAAAUAUUCACCUGCAGUAGGAACAUUCAGUUCAUUUCUUCAUGAUCACAGAAGUUUGUGGAGCCAAACGCGUGGGCUAUUUUGGUCCUGCUCAGUUUUACAUUGCUUUGAAGUUAAUUGCGGCAGCGCAGUCAGGGUUCCCAGUACGGAUUGAGAGCAUUAAGAAUGAAUUGCCUCUGCCACGGUUCAUGGCACUGAAAAAUGACAGCGAAGUACGCUAUGGGACUCCAGCAGAGCUCCACGGAGUUAAAUUUCAGGCUCCACACACAACUCUGGAAAAAAAUUCCUACAAAAGAACAGAUGAAGGAGACAAACAGCAGGAACCCAAGUCUCCGCCAAUGUCUCCAAUCUGUUCACCUCCUGCUUCUCCAUCUACCUACCAGAGAAUACCCUUAACUUACGGAUAUGGUAAAUCAAGAAGUGGGCUGGAGCAGCAGCAUGGAGCUCCUUAUGAAGUCAGACACUCUACUCACCAGCAAGAUGGAUCAUCAUCAGGGAAUUACGGGGCCAAACCUGCUCUCGCAUGUUCAACUCUUAGUCGGUCUCUUUCAGUGGAGCGGGAGCAGCCAGACAGCAGUGCCCACUACUCAGAUGACCCUUGGAGGAUAACUGAGGAGCAGCGAGACUACUAUGUCAACCAGUUCAAGUCCCUUCAGCCCGAUCUGAACUCCUUUAUUUCAGGUUCCGUGGCAAAGAAUUUCUUCACGAAAUCAAAGCUGCCCAUCCCAGAGCUUUCUCACAUCUGGGAGCUGAGUGAUGUGGAUUGCGAUGGGGCGCUGACACUCCCUGAGUUUUGUGCUGCUUUCCAUCUGGUGGUUGCAAGGAAGAAUGGUUACCAGUUGCCCGAGACACUGCCUGAGACACUGCUGCCAGACUACCUCCAAGCAGCCUCCUUGAAGCCUCUGCAUGAGUGUGCGCUGUUCGAUUCUUACUCUGAGCCAUUGCCCGGCGGCCAGCCAACUCGGGACUUCAGCCGGAUGGAGAAAACAUCGACUGAAGAGGUACCUGAUAACUCUGCCCUGAUAAAAGAUACAAGCAAAGAUGACAAACAAGCUCUUAAAGUAAGCACUACUGUCAAAGCGAUACCAAAGGAAUUUCAGCACUUGACUGUGAAAACAGCUGCUCAGGAACCUCAUGCACUUAAAGCCAGACCCAGAUCCAGGUCUUAUUCUAGCACAUCCAUAGAAGAUGCCAUGAAAAAGGGAGAAGAGCCCCCUACUCCACCUCCAAGGCCACAGAAAUCACAUUCCAGAGCUUCCUCUUUGGAUCUGAACAAAAUAUUUCAACAAAACACACAAGCUGUGAGGUCUGGCUGGCUGCCCCCACCGCCACCCGCGCUGCCCCCUCGACCUUCUGUAUCUCAGACGGAGCAAGUAUCUGAGGUUGAAUUACAUCCUCAGAUGAAUAGACCCCCGUCGCAGGCAGAAGAAAACAGCUCAGCAAAAAAGGAGGUUGUUCUUGCUCAGCCGCCCUCCAAACCAGCCCGCAGGAAGCUCCGGACAGAGGUGCAGGGACUGGAGACCCCCGAGCUUUCUCCUACCGUAAAUGUGACCUCUUCCCUGCCGGCAGCGAAGCCUCAUCUCCCAGUCCAAAAACAGUCUUCCAAGCAGAAAAGGGCUAUUCAGACUGCUAUACGAAAAAACAAAGAAGCCAAUGCUGUGCUCACCAGGUUAAACAGUGAGCUCCAGCAGCAGCUGAAGGAGGUCCACAAGGAACGAAUUGCCUUGGAAACGCAGCUGGAGCAGCUACGCCCUGUAACCGUCUUGUGACCUCCAGCACACUGUGCAGCAGCAGAACACGUGCACCAAUGGCCUUGCAGCCACCGAGGUGACUGCGGUGGGGUGCUCGGCUUGCCCUCCGCACCCUGCUGCACCUGCUUGCCUCUGCAGAUGGAGGAGGUACAGAAAGCAAAUACCAAACUGUCAGAUGGUUCCGGGCAGGUGCUCUGCCCUCUUCCCUCCCUCUUCCCAGCCUAACAUGUAAAUGCAGUUUGCCACUGAAAUGAAUGAGAGUAUUUUAUUUAUGCCAAGAAUCCCCGAUUUAUACAUAUUCUUGCAACGCCUCCUAUCCCGGAAUAUUAAGAGGUACAUAAUUCCAGAAUUGGUGUUCAAAUGUAAAACCCAUCUUCGGAGCUGGGUUCCUGGAUGUUACCAGCUCCUGUAGGACGGUAGAGGAACUGUGGAUUGAAAGCACAGCAGGAAUCCAACUCAUUAGACGAAAAGAGUCGCUAUCCACAAUCAUGUGUCAGAUAAUUAUUUUCUUAGUGCUGUUUAUUAUUCAAUCACAGAUGUAUUUUAAUGUUAGAGAACUUGUAUUUUAUAAGUUACAAAUCGUAAGAGAGAACAGUAAAAAUAUUAAAUUUCUAUUAUUUUGGAAAUUACAAAAAAAAAAGUAUCUGUUUUUUGAGCUCUAACUCUUUCCUAUCCACCCAUAUUUGAUCACUUGCUUGCAACUGAUGGUGUCUCUGCAUAAAAAAUUUCUUUAAACCAACCGUGCAUUUCUAACAAGAGGUUAAAAACGCAUUCUGGGCAUGUUUGUAAAAGCUGUCCUAAGUAUAUUUGUAUUGGUCUGCUUUGUUGUUUUAACAGCUGCUAAUUUGUUUUAAGGACAUGUGCAAGAACUGUAUUUCCAAAAGAAGAGAGAGAUCAAAACUGCUGCACGUGAGAUUGUAAGAUGUAUGAUGGAAACAAUUGCUUUGUACAGCAGGCUUUCAUUAAGGUUCUGUUGCACCUCAUUGGAGAUACCGCUGAUAGGAUGAAGCUGCUGAUACCCAUCUGGUUUUCAAAUGAAGAAACAAAGGUUAUUAUUAUUAUUGUUGUUUUUACUUGGUCUGCUCCAAAGCCAAUUGUACUCUGUGGAAGAUUUUCAUGGAUGCAGUGGUCGUUGGCUUUAAUCUCAAUUCUCAUGAUGGAAGCUGUCUAAUUAAUGUUUCUUUAUCUCUUAAGGGGCCAAUAUUCUUAUACUGAGUGAUUUCAGCUAUAUUAUCAACCUUGCUCCCUUCAUGGAUAUGAUAUGUGCUGUGCUGCUAGGGAAUGUCACAUACUUGUUAGUCAUCUUAAAUGCAAUGCCGCAUGUGUCUCAUAUCCAGUUGUUCAUUGACUUAAUUUAAGUAUACACCUUGCAAAAACUGUGCAGCAGAUUCGGAUUUUUUUGGACCAUUUUUGGUCUUACAUGUUCUCCCAUUAGCUAUGGGAUGGCUCUGGGGUAGAGAGGAAGAAGGAGCAAAUUUGAAAUAACUGGAUGGCCUCCCUUUGGGGUGUGUCAUAGCAUGGCUGCGGUGAGAUAUCGAAGGGCAUCACAGCAGCCAAGAGUUUUGUUUGGAGAUAAGUAAGAAUGACAUCAACAGGAAAGUGUAAAAAUGAUGAGGAAACAGAUUACUUUUGCUGGAAUGGUUGCAGAUGUGGGAUAUGGAUUCAGAAGUCUAAAGGUGGAAAUAAGUGUUUGCAGAAUUGUUAACAUAAAUCUGUUUUUUUAACACAUUGCUUUUGAUUCAACUCAACAUCACUGUGUGAGUGAGCAGCAGCCAUUUCUCUAGAUUUGGAACUGUUUUUGUGGUACUGUUGCUUAGCUGGAGUCAGACGGUCAUUUCUGAUCAGUGACAAAAUGUGAGAGCCACAGACUCCUGGGAAGCUGCAGAAGAGUUAUUGUCCUUGUGCUAUCAGUGGUGCUGUUUGAAAACUAACAUCAUUUAUUUGUAACAUUGAGUCAUUCCUGAAAUUUUAAUUAGGCUAAGUGCUCUUCUAUGUUUGCAUUUUAGUUCUUGUGUUGUCAUUUGGUUAAUAAACCCCCGCUAUUAAAUUGGAAAUAACCAUAUGGCACCUUUUGUUUUUUCCUCUUAUGUGUGAUUUUUGAGGAAAGCUUUUCAGUGAUUCUGAAGAAAAAAUAUGCACGUUGCAUUUUUAAGACAGUGAGUGACUUUCUCAUGUUUAAUAGGGGCUUCCUCUGGUGUCAUCCUCCGUUUACUUCACUGGAGUUAUUCAUUGAAUAGGUGGUGUUCAAAGAACCAUAGAUAACUUUCUGUGAAAUAUUUGUUUCAGUAUGUGGCGAUUCAGUGGUGAAAGAGGAAGAAUGCCUAGCUAAGUACAGUGAAUGGUUACCUUCACAGAUCAAGCCAUCUUUAUAUGAGCCUUUAAAUAUAAACAGUGACCUGAUAAUUACACAAGGUGAACGGUUUCCACUUCAGAAGCAUUCAUUUGAACAAACUGUCUGUGAAAAAAACAUCAGUCCUCGGUGAUCGACGCCCUUCUUGUGUUUAUUAAAUUAAUACUAGAAUGCAGAGGAAACACUACCACCUCUUUCCCAAGAGUUCUUCAUUCCCUCUUACAUAGAGUUUUGCUGAUGUAGCAAAAAUGUUAAUGAAUUAGUAGAUCAAGUUCUGUUGUCGGUAAGUUGGCAAAUGUCCUUCUCAACUCCCAUGAUUGUCUCUGAACUUUUCCUGUGUGUACAGCGGUACUGUUACUGCUAGGAACUCUAUAGCCAUGCUGGAGAGAGGAAUUUGCCCAGCUUUCAUCGAGGUGUGCACAGCUCAGUGCUGUCAGGGCUAACCAACAUAGGGCGAUGACGACUCGGGCUGAAAAUAACUCCACUGGGAUGGCUGGGGUUGGAAGACUUCACAGGAGCAUUUAGGGUGGACAUGAUAAGGAAAUUGCCUUUCACUGGUAUGUAAGCUGCCUUCCUCCCACUGGACUUCCAGGAUAGGAGAAAGACAGCCUGGAAGAUUCAAGCCAGGGGUCUCUUUUUUUUCCAGCACUGUCAGUCCUUUGGCCUUCAGCAAGCACAGUCCUUGACAAGAAAAUACACGGAGUUAUGAAAGUCAGAUGGGAAAGAGGCCCUAGUGAAGUCACAUAUUUUAUUGACUGAAGAGUAAAACUAUUUUUUUAGGAAAAAGAUCUCCAAAUGAUGUAGUACCUUUGAGAAGAAAUUAUGUAGUUUAAGGCUUUUUCCAGUUAUCUUCUUGAUAAUGUGCUAUGAACAUAUGCAUUAUGUUUUACUCUGUUACUGAUUUUUUUGAUACAAAAAUCGUAUUGCAAGCAUUAUCGUUAUUAAUCUAAAAAAAUACCCUGAAGCUAUUAUAUAUUUGAAUUUAAACUUAUGAAGUAGAUAGCCAGUUUUAAGCAAUUUGUUUUCACAGCUGCAGAAUGUCCAUGUGGUAAGCUACAAAAUGUAUAGCGCUCUAUACUAUGCCCAUCUAAUUUUGGAAAAUGUAUGUGAUAUGGAACCGGGUGCUACAUUAAAAUAAAAGUGUCCAAUAACUUCAAA